UCCGGAUCAAAGGCUCGUUUGGCUCUCGGGUCGUACGGUCCUGUACUGAGCGCAGUCUGCUCUCGGUCUCUACGGACGCUCCUCUGUCUGGAUAUCGACAAAAAAAAAAAAAAACUGUUUUGGUUUUUUCUUUGGAUUAUAUUCUUCUGAUGGUUUUCAACUCCAACUCGAUGCAUAGAAAUGGGUAAACUGCACUCGAAACAUGCCGCUAUUUGUAAACCGAGGGAGAGUCCAGAAGGCGACAGUUUUGUAGUCAAUGCCUGUUUGGCGAGAAAGGGAAUCGACGACUGGCUCGUGAAGCAGAAAUACUACUGCACGAGCUCUCGCCUCGAGCAACGGGACUGUCACCACAAGAACAACUGCGGUCUGACUGCACGGGACUCUAUGGCUGAAGCGUGUGCAGAGGGGAUUGGUGAUGAACACUACCGUUUAGAAGUGGCUUUACCCCCAGAGAAGACAGACAGCUGCUGUGUGGAGGAGAAGAUGCAGGAGAGGGACAGCCAAUCUCCCGCAGGGCCACAGAAACAGCUCCAGUUUGAAGAGCUGGAGUGUGCAGUGUCUGUGGAGGAGGAUAACAGGCAGGAGUGGACCUUCACCCUCUACGACUUUGACAACAGCGGCAAAGUCACCAGAGAGGAUAUCACCAGCCUGCUCCACACCAUCUAUGAGGUCGUGGAUGCCUCCGUCAACCAUUCUCCAAGCAGCAGCAAGACAUUGCGGGUCAAGCUCUCGGUUGCUCCUGACUCCAGCCAGAGGUGGAGGAGCUGUACGCAGGGUGCGGCAGACAUGUCCCACCCCAGAGAGAAAAAUGACAAGUGCAUAGAAGACCCCAAGAGUGCAGACAAGAAGACUCGAGCACUCCUAAGGCGCCACCACAGUGACCACCACACCCAGCCGGGCUGCCAGCGCCACUGUGUGGAUGAGAACCUGGAACGCAGGAACCACUACUUGGACCUGGCAGGCAUCGAAAACUACACAUCCCGCUUCGGAGCCGCCCCUGCCACAGAACCGACAAAGGCCGAGCCUCAGACCCGGUCAUCCAACCAGACUCGCUCUCGCUCCCAUGAACCAGAAAAUGGCCACUCCCAUUCCCACCACCGCCGCUUGCAGACUAUCGUGGACACUCCGGACAGCCUCCACCCCGCCCCUCGUACACGAGGCCAAGACUCAGGGAAACAUGCCCUCCGUUCUCCAAAGACCCACAUCCGCACACCUCCUGCACAGAUCAGUGGCAGAGUGAUGAGAAGCCGAGGUGUUCCUCCUCCCCCGGCGCUACCCAGCCAGACCCCCCCUCACCAGUCCACAGCCCCCUACCGCAAGCACAAGCAGCGAUCCAAGGAGAGCCAGGGCUACAGGGCCUUAGGCUCUCUGGCAGCUCCAGGACCAGUGGUUGAAAAAGAGCAUGUGAGGGAUCUGCCCAGCGUGCUGCUGUACGAGGGGGGGCUGGCACAAGUGGUGCAACGGCACGAGCAUCACCACCACCAUGAACACCAUCACCACUACCAUCACUUUUACCAGUCCUGAAUUUCCACUUUGCCUGGGACGACUCCUGCAGCCUCACAAAACCUAGUCAGGCCAGCAGACACUGACUGCAGGGAGCAGUCAAACGCCAGGCUACCUUACAUUGUGCAGUACUGCAGUGGCUUUGUAGUGGACACAAACAUGGGUGAGAGAGGAAGGUCAUGGGAGAGGUGUCCCAGUGCUGGGAGGUUAUUAAUCAGUGUUAUAAAGAGGUUGGUCAGACAUACAAAAGCUCGGGUAUGCAGCAGGACAGUGAUUCAGGGCCACAGUAUACAGCCAGGACUCGGGGAUCACGGCGGUUGCUAGAGAGGAAGCACAUUUGAACAAUACAAUAAACAAUCCAGAAGUUCCUCUCCCCCCAUGACCAUGUGAUCCUCUGCCUGAUGAACUCUACAGCUCCAAACCAGCACCACAACCUUUCCAGACCACUAAGCCAAAAGGUUUUUAAGGAAUAGGAGGGACUAGAGUAAGAAAGACUGUGAUGUAAAGAGAAAAAUAUAUGAAGGAAUAUCGGUGAUAGGAGAGUAGGGCAUAGAGUAUAUGUGUGUGUGCCUGUGUGUAUGUGUGUAACAGCAUGUGAAUGUGUGGGCGUGGCAAGAUUAAGUGUGUGUGUGUGUGUGUGUGUCUGUGUCUGUGUCUGUGUGAGUGAGUGAGUGUGAGUGUCACGACACUGGUGUCUGUUGAAAACCACUUGAAGUGCGCUCAUGGGUGCGUGAGUAUUUAAAGCAGGCUGUCAGGCAGGUUUUUGAAGAUGAAAAUGAAGAUUCUGAUUCAAGCACGCAAUACCCCGUAAGCAAAAAUGGGAAGGAAGAUGUUGAAACUUUAUAAAGUUAAAAAAAAGAAAAAGAAAAAACGAACAGAGAUCCCAAAUCCGCUGCUACCUCUAAUUUUAUCCUAAUUGUUGUUGUAAUGGUGAUUUUGACUAAGCAUUCAGAGGUUAUUUUCAAAUUACUUCGAAACUUUUUUUGAAAGAAGAGAAAUCGUCUCAAAAGCUGCAGUACUGAAGUGUCGAAAAGAUCCUUACUUUUAUUAACUAACAUUUACUGUACAUAAGGUAUGUAUUGUUAUCAAUUUUAUAAGCUUUAUUGAUAAUGUGAUAUCUUUGCAUUCAUUAUCUGAAGCUUUUACGUUUGUUUUUCCUUCACAACCACAUUUGUUUAAGACCACUAGGAGCCUCAUUUUGACUAGAAAAUGUACAACUGUAUCACUCACACAGUCACAUACUCACUCGUUCUCUGUUUCAACUGUCUCAGCAUGUGAUUAGAUAUCUAACUGUGAUCCAGUUAUAAUGCCCAAAAGACUAAAAUCCCAACUCUCAACAGUGCUGUUCUGUAGCUCGACCUCACAUCACACAAAUGUUUAUAUGGUUCUAGACUACAUGCUUAUGUCAUGGAAACAUCAAGAACAAGAUACAUGACUGUCAUGUAGAACAGCAUAUCAAAGCAUAUUACACAGGUUUAGUUCUUAAACUAAACUGUAAUGUCAAAGUCUUCAUGCUGCUCAUGUUGGCUCCGCAUAAGAAAUUAAUCUUGGCAGCUGACACAAAAUUUCACAUUUUUGAAGGCGUCAGUGCAGUUAUCCAAUAUUAAAAUACAUCUAUUGUAAAGUGCUUGUUGCAUUUCUGGAAGUCAAACAAAGCUCUUUUUCUCCGAAUGUCCAAAAUCAAAAGCACAUGAUACACUCAAAGGCCAAACUAGACACUGUGUGAUCUUCACAUUAUAUCAAUUAAAAACCUGUUACAUCCAGCCUGUUGGAGGUUGGUGUAUUCUUUCAUCAUUUUGGAGUUUGACCUGUUAGGAGAGUUUUACAGUUAUUUAUCCAGGAAAAGGUUUUACUGAGUAUGCAAGUCAUUUUUCACCACCGCCCUGUUUCAGAUCCGCUGGUUCACUUUUUGGACUUUUUUUCCCCUCCCUAACUUGCAGCAGCUCUGUCGUCCAGCCCUUGGGCCGGGCCUGAGGUCACACGGCUGCUCCCUCUGUUUCCAUGGCAUCUUCCUGUCCCCCAGCUGUCAACAGGUCUUUCACCGUGCCGCCAUGUGGCCUCAGAGCUCAGCCAACAAGGCUGUGUUUGUGGUGCGGUGGGGCAAGGGCUCUUUCAGCUGUCCCAUUCCUCCGGUGCUGGAUAACACUGGGCCCGGCCCACAGUCUCCACUAGACCCAUAACUCACCACUGCUGCUCUCCUGCCAGCACCAGGGACUGCUUGUCCAUCCUAUCCCAUUAUGCUCUGUGGACGCUGCCAUAAACAUGCAGAAGUUUAUGCCAUAGAAGUACAAGGCAGUGAACUGAGAGUUGUAAAUGUAAGGCUGCUGGUCACCCAUUUGGUGAGCAUGCAUGUUCUUCUCAGUACUUUCUAGCAUCUUAUUUAUCAGUCUUGCUUUAGGUGCAACCUCAUCCACACCGAGGAAAUUAUCCCUGGGCCCACUAGUGUUCAAACUCCACCAUGUUUGGUUGUGUUUGUCUGCCAUAAGUGUGUGUCCAUGAUGAGCAAGAAUGCCGUGUAUGCCAGUCUUGCCCUUAGCCCUGGGGUGUCCAUUCACAGCUGUAGGCUGUCCUUUAGCAGAGGCACCAGUCAGACGGGUCAUCUCACGGGACCCGGUGGUAAAACGGCGUCAUUCCCCUGAGGGGGGGAUCACAGCUGUGCUCCAUACCUCAGCUUCCUCACCUCACGCUGCUUUCCCCUGGACAACAGGUCCUUGCUGCUGCUGGAGCACUCUUAACACUGUAACUCCAUUGUCAAUGAUUUCCCCUUACCCAAAACAGUGUCGAUACCAGUGUGAAGCUCCAAAAUGUGAGUAGUGUGGAAAUUUCGGUCUGGUUGUGUGAAUGGAUAGCAAGCAGGCGACUGUUCGUCCUGCAGGGUGGUCCGAUUGGACAUGGUGAGCGAAAGCUUCUGAAGGAAUUUGGGUGACUCGCUCAGACCCACAGCCAGGUUAAAAUUGUGAAACUUCUUUUACUUUUUUUUUUUUUAAGCCCUGCUUCACAUUCACAUGUACACACUUCCAUACUGUUGACUUCAAAGCAGCAUAAAUGGCACUGGAGGUGAUAUGCCUUGCUUAAGAGCAUCUGAACAGUGUUUGUUCAGAGUUGGGAUUUUUUUUUCUCAGUUGUGUCACACAGACUUAACCAGAUGUUCUGGGCAAUGAAAAUAAAAUAAGGUUUUCAGCUAUCCAUGUAAAUCUACUAGACUUUUUUUCAUUAAUAUUUUUUAUUUCAAAAUAUGAAUGCCUGUUUUCAAAAAAACAAACAAAAAACAAUGAUAAAAUCAUGUCAUACAAACUCUUCUACAUCCACACCUGCUUCUGUCCUUUUGUAUAGACUUUUCAGUAUUCAGACCCACUCCUCCAUGUUAACACAAUAUGUAUUGCACCACUAGUUUGCUUUGUUAGAUCCAUGUAUCGACAUUUUGAAAAACGACUGUGUAUAUAUUGGACUGCGAAUAGGUUAAGCCAGCAUCAUGUAGAAAUAAUACACAGCUUAUUUAUAAUGAAAUGACUCUCGAGCUAUCUCACUUGCCUACUGUCACCUAGUACUCCAAUAUCUGCCACACCAAUCCCACUUAGCAGGGAGGAAUAAUUAUCUGUUUGUAACACAAGCUGUUUCUCUCUGUCUCCACACACAGACACACUUUCACAUGGUGUUUGUUGUAAAAGAAAGUUGUUGUUUUUUCCCCUUUUCCCCCCUCCCUCCUAAUGUUUUUUCAUGACUUUGUUUAGUUUAUAUAGAUUGUAUUUGAUUAAUUGCUUUAUUUAUUUGAUAGCAGAUCUGGGCCAAGGGAAAAUACCCAUUUAUUAAAGUAUGAACCUGUUCCUUAUAA